CUGGGCCGCGUUCCCACAGCGCUCUUGGUCUCCUUUCAAGCCUGUUCCUCGGGGGGGCUACUGGAGCCCCAAGACUCUCCCCCCCCAGUGCAUGUGGGCUGUAGAAUAGCCCCGAUGCGGCCAGCUGAGAGUGGCUGGAGUGGCCAGACCCCAGGGCUCACCAGUGUGCGUCUUCGCUCGCAGGCCCUGGAGGUGCUCACCUCGGCUGUGGAGUACGGGCUGGACGACCUGAGGAAGCUGUGUGUGCAGUUCCUCAAAGGCGCGCUGAGCGUGGAGCUGGUCUGCGAGGCCCUGCAGUCCACCCAAGUCACAGCCCGCUGGUCUGAGCAGGAGCCAGGGAGCGCUGAGACUGUGACCUCGCCGUGGGGCCUGAGGGAUCAGGUUCGUAGCCAGUGUUUUGCUGGGAUCUCGGCGGCUGUGGUCUGCUGAGGCUGAGUCCCCACCCUGUGGAGAGCCCUGCUGGGUACCGCUGGGCUCUGGGAUGCCUUUCAGGCCUAUCAGGGCACCUUCUGCUGGGCACACCUCUGUGCCUGCCCUUUCUGCCCCAUGUGCCCUCCCGCAGCGCUGAGCUCGGCCCAUGUGCCCGUCACCGGGGCGUCUGGGUGCCCUGCACAAGCAGGCUGUCGGGCUCCCUCCUGAGCAUUCUGGAGCUCCCUGCAGGUCUGGGAGCCCAGCCCCCAUGGGGUAGAGGCAUGUAAACAGCCGCUUGUCGGGGAGCUAAUAAUAGCGCAGGGAGGUCAGAGCCGUUCCCCCUCGCUUCCUGUUGUGCUGCAAACAGCCCGUCUGCGGGUGCGGGUGGGGUGGGGUGCGCGCGCCCAAGGCGGUGCAGUAACCUUUGCCGGGGCUGUUUACACCUUGGGCCUGGUGACGCGCUUGGGACGCUCUUGCCCCGGGCUGACGUUAAAGCAGCGUGUGCUCUCUCCCCCGGCCCCAGCCAAGGCAUGUUCCCCUCGGGCAAGCAGCCCCCGGCACCCCCUGUGCUCCAGCUCAGUGGGGCUCCUCCCCUCCCACCCUGCCAGGGGUCAGCCGGGGGGGAAGGCGGAGGAGAGGGGUGGUGGA